AUGGAUCACUUUUCUCAUAAUUCUGUCGGGUUUGUGACCCUAUUAUCUUCCCAGUGCACUCAAACCACUCAAAACACUCAAAACACUCAAAACACUCAAAACACUCAAAACACUCAAACAACUCAAACCAUAGAUGUAGGGUCCUCAGGUGUUUCUAAACCCGUAGAGAGGAGAAAGUGGACAACACAAGAGGACAUUGUCCUCAUCAGUGCCUGGUUGAACACCAGCAAGGAUCCCAUAGUUAGUAACCAGCAGAAGUUAGGUUCGUUUUGGAAAAGAAUAGAGGAUUAUUUUAAUUCAAGCCCUCAGCUCACUGGCGCUGUUCCUAGAGAGUGGAGUCAGUGUAAGCAGAGGUGGGGAAGAAUUAAUGAGCAGGUUUGUAAGUUUGUGGGAAGCUAUGAGGCGGCUUUGAAGGAGCAAGCUAGUGGCCAAAAUGAGAACGAUGUCAUGAAGUCUGCUCAUGACAUCUUCUUCAACGACUACGGGACGAAGUUCAAUCUUGAACACGGCUGGAGGGAGUUGAGGUUUGAUCAAAAGUGGAGAUCCAACUCUGUCUCAAAAGAUGGUGCAAAGGAGAAACGGAAGGAAGCUGCAGAGUCAGUCCCUGACUCGGAUGAGGCUAGGCCUCCUGGUGUUAAGGCUUGCAAAGCAGCCAAACGCAAGAAAAAGGGGAAUGAAGCAGCCUUUGAUCGACUAGAAACCAUUCUAGACUUGAAACGCAACCUAGCCAAACAAAAAAUUCUAGAUCGUCUCCUCUCUAAGAAACAUGAAACUCUAACUGAAAGUGAGGUGGCUCUUAAGGAGAAACUCGUGAAGGUUGUUGGUUGUGGAGGUCACGGGUUCUACAAGGUUUGUUGGUUCUACAGGUCACGGGUUGUUGGUUGUGGAGGUCACGGGUUCUACAAGGUUUAG